AUGUUUUCUCGAUUCGUCCAAAGAAUCCAAACCUCAAAACCCCAAAUCACGUCUCUCAAUCAAAUCAAACCUUUCACCUCACUAAACCCUAAACCCCCAAUCCGAGUUGCCGUCUUCUGGGACCUCGACAACAAACCACCCGCCUCCCACCCUCCCCACGACGCCGCCGUCAAGCUCCGAACCGCCGCCUCCUCCUUCGGCUCCGUGAAACUAAUGGUAGCCUACGCGAACCGCCACGCCUUCAGCCACGUCCCCGCACAAGUCCGAGAAGAGAGAAAAGAGCGAAAACUCCUUAACCAGUUAGAGAAAACCGGUUUAUCUAAACCGGCCGAGCCGUACUUCUGCGGGGUCUGCGACAGGAGAUUCUACCAUAACGAGAAGCUCAUAACUCAUUUCCGUCAGAUUCACGAGACGGAGAAUCAGAAGCGCGUGAGGCAGAUCGAGUCCGCGAGAGGAGGGCAGAGAGUGAGGCUUGUGGCGAAGUACGCGAUGAAGAUGGAGAAGUAUAAGCGAGCUGCGAGGAGUGUUUUGACUCCUAGAGAAGGUUACGGUUUAGCUGAGGAGCUGAAGCGAGGCGGGUUUUGGGUUAAGAUGGUGAGUGAUGAGCCUGAGGCAGCGGAUAGGGCGUUGAAGGAGCGUAUGGUUGAGGCGAUGGAUAGGAGAGAGGCUGAGUGUUUGGUUCUCGUGUCUGAUGAUUCUGGUUUUGGUGAGGUUUUGUGGGAGGCCAAGGAGAGGUGUUUGAGGACGGUUGUGAUUGGGGAUUUGAGUGAAGGGAAGUUGAAGAGAGUGGCGGAUGUUGCGUAUUCGUGGAAGGAGGUUUUGAUGGGGAAGGCGAAGAAGGAGGUUGAGAAGGUUGUUGGGAAGUGGAGGGAUAGAGAUGUGUUGAAGAAGUUGGAGUGGAGUUAUGAUCCUGUUUUGGAGAAGGAGAGAGGGUAUUCUUGUGGGGAUUGGGAUUAUGGGUUUGAUUCUGAUGAUGGUGAGGUUGAGGAUGGAAAUGAGAUGGGAGAUGGUGGUAAUUGGUGGGAGAUGGAUGAGGGAGAUGGUGUGGGAUCUUCAAGACCAUGUCGAUAA